AUGGACAUGGGCAAGAAGCCCUCCCGCAAGACCCUCACGGAUGCCCGCGACAUGGUGGUGCGCAUGACCCACCGCGGUGCCAAGCAGGCCCAUGAGGACGACGGCGACGGUGUCGGGAUCAUGAUUUCUAUCCCGGACGAGUACUACCGCACCUGCUGCACCUUCGCCCUGCCGGAAGCUGGCAGCUACGGCGUCGGAAACCUCUUCAUGCCGCCUCAGGAGGAGAAGCGCGAGGACUCCAUCAAGUUGGUCGAGCGCAUGGCACGGAAGUUGGGGCUUCAGGUCAUCGGUUGGAGGGCGCCUCUCCCCGUGAACUCCCUCGUGCUGGGACCCUAUGCGAGGACGACCGAGCCCUUCAUUGCUCAGGUGUUCGUCACACUCGCAGAGGAGGAUGCGCCAGACUCCGCCGGGGAGGAGAAGAAGUCAAGUAAGCCAGCCGCCAAGAAGACGGCAGGUCCCUCCAGCAAAAUCUCCGCGCAGCAGUUUGCAGGUCUCAACCUCGAGACGCGUCUUUUCCUACUCCGCCGCGCCGUCGCGCUGCGUGACCGCGAGGUCUUUGUGUGCUCCCUUUCUUCCCGUACGAUUGUGUACAAGGGGCAGUUCAAGCCCAGCCAACUUUUCGAGUACUACUUGGACUUGAAGGCGGAGAAGUGCACAGCCUUCCUAGCAAUCGUGCACUCGCGUUUCUCGACGAACUCCUUCCCAUCUUGGAACCGAGCCCAUCCUUUCCGACGCAUUGCCCACAACGGUGAGAUCAACACUCUGGCCGGCAAUCGUAACUCCAUCCGCACUCGCGAGGCGCUGAUGAAUGACACCGCCGCCUUUGGUGGAGCCCAGUUGGAUGCCUUUUUCCCGAUUGACGAAGACAUCGGCAGCGAUUCAGCGUUGCUGGAUAAUGUGGUGGAGCUCCUGCUCGCUGCAGGCCAUAGCAUGUGA